CGUCUCAGGAAAACCUGUCAAAGCGAAAAUGCCAGAUCCAGUCAAAGCACCGAAGAAGGGCUCUAAGAAAGCCGUGUCCAAGGCCACCAAGAGCGGCAAGAAGAAGAGAAAGCCCAGGAGGGAGAGCUACGCCAUCUACGUGUACAAGGUCCUGAAGCAGGUCCACCCCGACACCGGCAUCUCCUCCAAGGCCAUGCAGAUCAUGAACUCCUUCGUGGGCGACAUCUUCGAGCGCAUCGCCGGCGAGGCCUCCCGCCUGGCCCACUACAACAAGCGCUCCACCAUCACCUCCAGGGAGAUUCAGACCGCCGUCCGUCUCCUGCUCCCCGGCGAGCUGGCCAAGCACGCCGUGUCCGAGGGCACCAAGGCUGUGACAAAGUACACCAGCUCCAAUACUGCGAGUGGCCACUGGGGGACAUUGGCGGUGCCAUAUCAGUUCUAUUGAUACACCCAUAAUUCU